AUGCCUUCUGAGAUAACGACCCGCAAGAGUGCGCCAAUGAAGCCGGCGCGUUACCACUAUCCAUCCGACGGCGAAGAACAGAGGCCAGAGAUCGCCACCAAAGCAGCACGCAAAUGGCGCCCUUCGCAGCCGCCACGAUAUCAUUACGAUUCGGACAGUGAGGAUGUGCCUACAAAGAAGCGAGGUCGUCCUGACUACGACUUGUCGAAUGCCAGGCCCGCCAAACGCAUCAGCACCACGCCCCCUUCCCCGUCGCCUGCAUCUGGAUUAGAUGACAAGGACUCUCAGGAUGUGAUCACAGAUCUACAGGCGCAGAAUGCCGAGCUGCUUGAUUUUAUUCGGACAUCAAGUCUUGCAUUGAAAGCGCCCCCUUCCAUCCGCAAGCAACUCGAGGGUAGCCCCAAUGGUGCUUCGAAACUCGCGGAAGCGAUCAAGCGUGCCAUCUCGGACGUUUACUCCCCUCUGGAAGAGGAUUUCGAUGACCCCUAUUCCGGCGUAACCAACGACGACAUUAGCUCUGCAAUGGUUCCUUUCAUCGCCGAUAUUGAUAAGCUUAGCUAUCUCACUGACACGAAGAGCACCGACCUUGCCAUCGACUGCAUGCUUUUCUUAGGAAAACAUUCUUUCGGCCAGCUGGAAAAGGAAGACGGCAACGGCAGUAGGAAAUCUGACGUGCCUGCCGACGAGCUCAUGUACCGCCUCGUGCGAGCACGACGUGAAGCAGAGCCUGACUGGGACUUCUCUGCAGUUCUUAGUGAACUCAAGAAAACGAACGAACUUCUGGACCAGUGUGUUGGGAUCGAAGGCUACUUCGUGCGGAGUAUCGCGAAGAUGGAGAAAUGGAGUAAGGCUUCAUCUGGGUCUGCCAUCGACAGAGACCAGCAGUCGGUAAUCGUACUGGAUUGA